CUACGCUCCGCCCACCCGAAAGUGGGUGAAAGGUCCGCGGCGCCGACUCUACAGCUAGGGCAACGCAGCCGAGCGGGGCGAGCUGGGGACAGACCGCAGACUGACUGACUAGCAGAUCGGGGCGGGCGGACUAUGGCUGACCAGCCGAAGCCCAUCAGUCCGAUCAAGAACCUGCUGGCCGGCGGCUUCGGCGGCAUGUGCCUGGUGUUCGUGGGGCAUCCGCUGGACACGGUUAAGGUCCGGCUGCAAACGCAGCCCUCGAGUUCACCUGGACAGCCUCCCAUGUACUCUGGGACCUUUGACUGUUUCCGGAAGACCCUUAUUAGAGAGGGCAUCACGGGACUCUAUAGGGGCAUGGCUGCCCCCAUCAUUGGUGUCACCCCCAUGUUUGCUGUGUGCUUCUUUGGAUAUGGUUUGGGGAAGAGGCUGCAACAGAAAUCCCCAGAGGACGUGCUUAGCUACCCCCAGCUGUUUGCAGCUGGGAUGUUAUCUGGCGUAUUCACAACAGGAAUCAUGACCCCAGGAGAGCGGAUCAAGUGCUUGUUACAGAUUCAGGCUUCUUCAGGAGAAACCAAGUACGCUGGUCCCCUGGACUGUGCAAAGAAACUGUUCAAAGAAUCUGGGAUACGAGGCAUUUACAAGGGGACUGUGCUCACCCUCAUGCGAGAUGUUCCAGCCAGUGGGAUGUAUUUCAUGACAUAUGAGUGGCUGAAAAAUAUCUUCACUCCAGAGGGAAAGAGUGUCAAUGAGCUCAGUGUACCACGGAUCCUGGUGGCUGGCGGCUUCGCAGGGAUCUUCAACUGGGCUGUGGCCAUUCCCCCAGACGUGCUCAAGUCCCGCUUCCAGACUGCCCCUCCUGGAAAAUACCCUAAUGGUUUCAAAGAUGUGCUGAGGGAGCUGAUCCGGAAUGAAGGCGUCACAUCCUUAUACACAGGCUUCACUGCAGUGAUGAUCCGAGCCUUCCCAGCCAAUGCAGCCUGUUUCCUUGGCUUUGAAGUUGCCAUGAAGUUCCUUAAUUGGAUCACCCCCAACUUGUGAGGCUGAAGGCUUCUCAGAGCUCUGAUGCUAGAAGCUGUUGCCGAGAAUGAGCAGUGGGCAGGCCUGGGCAGUCCCAAAGGGUGAGGGGAGCGGGGUGAUAGGAUCAGAGCUCUGUGUGUAUGCUUGGUGAGACCAUUGCCUUAAUGACAUUGUCUACCUUAUAUAACUUGGCAUGCCAUCUUGAAACUUGAAUUCACCUUGUUGAUUUAAGGGAUCUCAAGAGGACUUGAAGAUGGAAGUAAGUGGCUUCCAGACCAGUUACCACCUGUGGUCAGAGUACUGCCCACCUUUUGACUGAUGGCCUUAUUAUAUCCAAAAUACUCCUCACCAAAGAGGGAACUUUGGCCUCACUGGAGGCACUAUGCAUGUUUUUGACCAGCUUUCCUCUUUGAUUUCCAGGGUACCAUUUAAUCCUGGGCUGCACAUAGGAAUGUGAACCUGAGGUCCACAUCACUUUGUACAUGUGGACUAGGCAUGUAUGCCUGUGGGUAGAUAGAUUGUCUACAGGUGGGUUUUGGUUUCUUUAUGCAUGCAAAUAAUCAAGAAGUAAAACUAGAGUAUCCUGAUUUCCCAGGAACAGGUGGAGAGCUUCCCCUGCUGCAUAGUGAGAACAGUUUUGAAUCAACAACAGUCCCAGUUUGCUGGGAUUAAGAAAGAAAGUCCAGGGUGUAGGAAGGCUCUUUUGCACACUCAUCUCUCAUGACAGCACCCUAUUUUAACAAGAAGCAAUAAAUAUUGUUUCUAAUUCUUGCAGUGUGUGAUUCU